AGGAGAAGGAGCCCCCAGCAGAGCAGCCUGCUGUAACACGACGCUCCAAGAGUUGCCAUCAUCACAUGGCAGAUGGAAAUUUCCACUCAGUCUCCUUGCUGGUUAAAUGGGAAGGGUCUCCAACUCCUGUUUCCAGUAGUCCGCCUCCUCCUCCGCCUGCUGCAGCUGUCCGCCGCUCUGACACAUUAGGACUUUUCCUUUAUCUGAGGUUGUAAAAGAAGCGCCCUGAAAUCUACACUCUGAAAAUCCUGAAAACUGAAUUUCUCCGCUUCUCGACCUCCUGUUUGAACAAUAAUGCCUGGAGUUGUGGAUCGCAUGGAGCUUAGGAAAGUCUCCACGGAGGCUGAUGAUGACAGCACCGACAGUCUGGAUGACCGCUACACAGAGCCCAUCGACUCUGAGAAGGCCACCAUCAACAGCCAAUUCCUGGAUGAUAAUGACGAUGCAGAAAGCCAGAAGUUCCUGUCAAAUGGGAUGAUGAAGAAGAAGAAAUAUGAGGAAUACCAUGAAGAAUAUCAUCCCGGUCACGCCUCCUUCGGCAUGUCUGUCUUCAACCUGAGCAAUGCCAUCAUGGGCAGCGGCAUCCUCGGCCUGUCCUUCGCCAUGGCAAACACUGGCAUCGUUCUCUUUACAGUCCUGCUCGUCGGUGUGGCCAUCCUCUCCUUAUACUCUGUACACCUGCUGCUUGUGACGGCUAAGGAAGGAGGAUCCCUCAUUUAUGAGAAGCUGGGAGAGAGAGCAUUCGGUUGGCCUGGGAAAAUGGCUGCAUUCGGAUCUAUUAUCAUGCAAAACAUCGGAGCCAUGUCCAGCUACCUCUUUAUUGUGAAGUAUGAGCUGCCAGAAGUGAUCAGAGCCUUCCGGGGCUUAGAAGAAAACUCUGGUGAAUGGUACCUGAACGGAAACUACCUGGUGGUGUUUGUGUCCAUCGGAGUCAUUCUGCCUCUGUCUCUCCUCAAAAAUCUGGGUUACCUGGGCUACACUAGUGGAUUUUCACUUUCCUGCAUGGUCUUCUUCCUGGGUGUGAUGAUCUACAAGAAGACCCAGCUGCCCUGCCCUCUCCCGUUCUUUUACGGCUCGUCGUACAACCUCAGCACGAAUGCGUCGCACAUGCCGGGGCUGUACGCGCUACAGAACAACUCAGCACAGAUGGAUUUCUCCCGGGCUGAUGUUUCCCCGGCGGUCAUCGGCAGUCAUGACGCCCAUCACUCCACAGGAGUCCACUUCGAGCCCCACCCUGAUGAAGAGGAGAUGUGCACGCCCAAAUACUUUGUCUUCAACUCACAGACAGCGUACACUGUACCCAUCCUGGCGUUCGCCUUCGUCUGCCAUCCUGAGGUGCUGCCUAUCUACAGUGAGCUGAAAGACCGCAGCCGGAAAAAGAUGCAGAACGUCUCCAACCUGUCCAUCUUGGCCAUGCUCAUUAUGUACAUGCUGUCAGCACUGUUUGGCUACCUCACGUUUUAUGACAAUGUGGAGGCAGAGCUGCUCCACACCUUCACCAAAGUGUACAAGUUUGACACCAUGUUGCUGAUGGUGCGUCUGGCUGUCCUCACUGCCGUCACUCUGACUGUCCCCAUCGUGCUUUUCCCUAUCCGUUCCUCCAUCACCACGUUGCUGUUCAGCGGUCGAGAGUUCAGCUGGACUCGCCACAUGCUGAUCGCCGCCGCCAUUCUGGCCUUCAACAACAUGCUGGUUAUCUUCGUUCCUACCAUCAGGGACAUCUUCGGCUUCAUCGGUUCUUCUGCAGCCACGAUGCUCAUCUUCAUCCUUCCCGCUGCUUUUUACCUCCGCCUGGUAAAGUCGCUGCCAUUCCGCUCCCCGCAGAAGAUUGGAGCGACCAUCUUCCUGGUUGUGGGAAUCGUCUUCAUGAUUGGCAGCUUGUCACUCAUCGUCCUCGACUGGAUCCACAACCCUUCGGGCUCCAGCGGAGGCCACUAAACCUGGUUUCUUUCUUCUCACAGAGUGCAGCCAGCCUCACCCCUUCACCUGGCAUUUCUUCUGGUUUGCCUUGGUCUUUUGUUCCCUUCACUUCAUCAAAUCAUCGCAAAACCUUUAACAUAUGGACAUAAUGUGCUGCACUAAGUUAAGACAUCAGUUUUUCCCCAGAGUUUAUCAUUGGAGGGAUCUUUUCAGUUCUUUUUUUAUUUUGUUUGGCUUUUUUUGGAUGUGACAACACAAACGAGAGAAUCAAAAUCCAGAGAGGGGGUAACGGACAGCCUAAAAUCAUCAAUAUUUUUAUUACCGUCAAUGAAGACACACAGAAUGAAGUCACUCUGCAGCCCUCACCUGAAGCCCAUGUGUGAACUGUGGUUUGCAAGGCUGGAACGAUAAUGCAAGUCCAUCAGUCCUCUGAACUUGAAAGAGACAUUUGGAGGUGGAGUGUGUCGUCAUCCAUGGAAAAGGAGCACUUCCAGCAUUACGUUUCGCUUUGUUUGUAGCGCUAACACACAUAUCAACAUCUGUAUUUACGCUACUGUCCAUGAAAAAUACCUAAAAUGUAUCAAGCAGUCAGAUCAUCUCAAAACGACAUUUGAUCAGCAACUUAAUUCAGUCUUUUAUUCGGGAAAAUGCGGUUUAAUUUAAUCAGAAGCUUUGCCAAAGUCUGCAUGCACAUACAGAUUUAGCUGGUAGGUUCAUGCUAGAGCUUUCCAGCUUCACAUUCUCAAGGAUCCUUCUUGCCAGCCGUUUUUAUCCCAGCUGUGCACAUGAAACCAGGAGGUGCUUUCAGUAUUACUGUCACGGAGGGAUCGGAACGUGUAAGUUAUGAAUGUACAUAAUUUAUCCACUGAAAAAGUGACCGUUGUACAUAAUGUCUUCCUUCACCUCUUAAGGUCGUCUGUCAUCCAGGUUGUAUGAAGUUACACAAUAAUUUGUAUGAAGUUACACAAUAAUUUAAUAAUAACAACCAGUUUAUACACACCUGCUGGAAUAACUUGUUAGGCACUUAAUGUAGGGCUACACAGAUCAACAUAUGGAACUAUAUGUUCUUAUUUUUAUAAAUAAUUGGCAAAAAUGUGUUAAAAAAAACAAACAAAAAAACACAUUUUAAAAAUUCAGUUUGGACAACUGAAAAAUUAAUCAAAGCCAGUAGAGACAAAUAUGAAAUUGCUGACUUGAAUAUUCGUAUCAUAAAUGGAAUGUAUUUUCAUUCAACAUGUUGAGAUUGUUGUACAAUAUUUUCAAAGUGUGCCAAACUAACGUCAUUGCUGCCGAAUAAGAACCCUCCAUUUCCCCCAAACUGUCAUUCAAAUAUAGGAAAAGCUUCUUUUAUUUUCAGUGUGAUUAUCUGCUGUUCAGGUUAGAAGAAUAGUUGAAUAAUUGUAGAAAUACAUUAAUGUCAGAAGAGAAAAUCUGUACCACUCAUGUAAUGCUAAAUAUGUAGCUAACAUUACGGCUAACAGGCAGUUAGCUUUUCAAACCUAGAGAACAGCUACCUAACUUCUCAUGAAACCACAGUUCAUUAUUCACUGCUUGGUUUUCAACAUUUCAGUUACUACGCUUCAGAAGUCCUGAUUGGUGGAUUUGAACUUUGGGCCAUUCAGGUUUAAUGUCAUCCUUGUUUUCAGUCAUUCUGCUAGUCUUAGCUAACUCCUAGCUCCAGGCGCCAGCGUCAUAUUUUGCAUUCAAAGACAAGAGUGGCAUCAGUGUUCUCGUCUCAUUCACAGCAAUAAAUUGAAUAACUUCUUUUUAGAUUUCUUUAAACAGUGGUGAUUUGGAAGAAGCCAUAGGGUAAAUGACAUCACAGACAUCAUGAUGGCUAACAGAGGAGCUAGCUAGAGUACUAGUGGCUAGAGGACCUGACUCAAGUACAAGAGAGUUCAAAAUUUGUUACACAUGAGUUACUUGCUUCAUUUCGUAGUCAAGAGUAAGGCUCACACUCUUUUAGUUCAUUGUGUUCCAACCUAAUAUACACAUUUGAACAUUUCCUUAUACCUUUCACCUAAGCUUGGAAUCAAACACAAAUUAUGACAGCUAGCUUGUAACUCGUGCCUUUUGGAUUCCUGUCAUUGUGAUUGGCUUCUCAGACAGGUGCCUUUAGUGGAAUAGUUGAUGACGACAUCCAAACCUCAGAUCUGUCUCGUUCCACCUCUUCUCCCAGCCAAAGUGGACAACAUUUAUAGAUCCUGUGUGGAUCUAUGUACAUGAAGCAAAUAGAUAUUUCAAAUGAAAUAGUGUAUUAUGUGCAUGUUUUUGAACUACAAACAUGGUCCUUUUGGACAAAUUGUAUAUGCUCUGUAAAUAAUCUUUAUUUUAUGGUACACUGACACUCAUUGCCUGUGAGUGGGUUGUUGGGGGAUUCUACCUGACAAGUCUUCUGCAAACCAGUGUUUGUUUUAGUAUAUAUAUAUAUAUCUAUAUAUAUAUAAAAAUAUAUAUAACGUGUAUUACACUUUUUUCUCUUGCUGUAUGACAGUGGAUAUUUUUUUUCCUUUAUUUGAUGCUUGUAUGUUUGUAGAAAAUUUGUUCCCUCUGUAUGCAUUUUGUUGUUUUAGUGGUGACUUCUCAAAUCAGGAUGUAUUAAUCAACAACCUACAUCUUAACACGGUUUCCCCAGAAGUCUCUGAAAUAUGGCAUCAAGUUUCUGAGACUCACUGGCUUCUGCUGACCAACACUGGGUUACAAAUUAAAGCCACAAGUAAGCAGCAUACAUGUGUUUUGGAACACACAGAUGUUAACAGAAACAAGAUGAGAUCACCCAAAAUAUUACGUGACCACACUACAGGAAGGUUCCUACAGAACGCCUUAAUCAUUUCACAGAAAAGCUGAACCUUUCAUGUCAGCUCGUUCUAAAGACCUACCAGGACAAUCGGACAGUUUUAGUUAAAACCUUACUGUGGCUUAUAACGUAUCUCGCUACUGUCAUUGAAAAAUCUUUUAAAACCCGGUCUUGGUGAGGCUUUAUUUCCAUGACGAUACUUGAAUAUAAGCUUUCCACAGCUUGAUAACGUCAACAGGCUUCACGACUGAAGGGUCUACUUGGCCCAUUCUCUAUGAAUGUUUAACAACGGAUUUGUUCUCACUUUAAAAGUCUAUAUCACUCUCUCUUAAUUCAGUUUAUGAAUGUUUUAUUGCAACUUCAUUAGCCUCCCACCAUAGGCAGUCCACAUAAGAGCUUCGUCUCUUCCUCGGGUUGGGAUUCAUCUCUUUAAAUGGCUCAUGUUACAAAGAAAGGCGAGAGGCAGCAGGUUUAUAUCAGUCCUCCUUACACUACACCUCAAUCCACUUUAGUAUCUCAGGUAUUUGAUCUAGAUGAAUUUUCCUCUCACUCAUGACUCGCUUCAUGUCUCUUCACCUCUUUUGCAUGAUUGAGCCAAGCUGUACAAUCCUGUUGUAUAUUGUGCUGGCCGAGGUGAGAAGCCUUCUUGUGGAUCUGUAAAGCCGACAAGUUUUCAGCUCAAUGCAGACAGUGUUUUGAAAGUAGAUGUACAGAACCACCAGCCUUAUUUUUCUAUGGACCCUCAGCCGUGGAGAAGCACUGCUUGUGUUUCUGCUGUUCACAGUGUCUCUGCUCCCUGUGGACCAGGCUGAACAUUCAGAUUUGUAAUUUUACUGAAACAAAGGGGAUGUUUUUUUGUAUCAGUGAUGCUGUUUCAUUAUGACGAACAAUAAAAAUGUGAAAUGAAAA